AUGCCACAGCGUUACUUUGACUCGGUGGCCAGAAACGAUGAAGAUACCCGAAAACAAAUAUACCCAUGUCACUCCAAGUUCCAAGACCCUUCCGAUGAGGUAGAAAAAGCCGGCUGGACGCUGGAUGAAGUUGAUCUCUUCGAAAUCAAUGAAGCUUUUGCAUCACAGUCUGUAGCUGUUGUCAAGGAACUGGGUAUAAACCCAGAGAAGGUAAACAUCCAAGGUGGUGCUAUUGCUUUAGGUCACCCUCUGGGAACGUCUGGGUGCCGCAUUCUGGUUACACUUCUCUACGCACUGGAGAGAACAGGAAAAAAGCGUGGCAUUGCUUCUUUGUGUAUAGGAGGUGGAAUGGGAAUAGCUAUGUGUGUUGAAAGGCAAUAAAUUACACCUAAAUUUUACUACAAGAACUGAAGAUACUCUGCAGCUAAGCUACUGACUGGAUAAAAUUGAGCUUUUAUUUUAGAGGUUACAGCCUGAUUCCAAUGAAAUGUAGGUGCAUUUUGUUUUUAUAAUGAACGUGUAAAGUAGUUCAAGUAGUCUUAAAACUAUUCAAAACUUCAGUCCACAUAAAAUGGUUCUGAAAAUUAGUGUAACUUUUAAAUAUUUGAUUAAAAGUACUGAAGUUUGAAAUCAUAGUAAUAUUGUGUAUGUGGAAUCCAUACUUUUGUUAAAAUUCAUAAACUCCUUCCUAUUAUCUCUCAAUUCAGAUUGACCAUUUUUUUCUUUAUGAAAUAAAUUGCUCAAUGUACCAUU